AUGGAAGGUUCAUCGAGGAGAAAUGCUGCGGAAGAGGAGACACCCAGGAAAGGAACAGGUGCAACCAUUCAAAUCACUCAAGACGAGUUGCAAAGAAUGAUAGAGGAGGCAAGUCGAAAAGCAAUCGUGGAAUACGAAAGGAGAACAGCGACCCCCUUGGUCAAGGAAACUGCUAGAAGGCAGUUAUUUGAGAAUGUGGAACCAAUAAGAGAAUCAAGGGUGCAAGGGGAACAGGAACAUCGGAGCAAGCGACCGGCGUCAUCCGAUGCAGGUUCUAGCAGCCACGGACGCAUGAAGAGAAGGGAGCCCGUGAUGUCCCGGGCCGAAGUAGAAAGCGUGGGCAAACAAGUACACAGCUUGAAUAAGCAGAUCGAUGAGCUGAAGAAGCGAGGGGAGAUUGUCUCGCAGAACAAGAACUCCCCUUUCUGUAACGACAUCCUCGUUCAAACUGUCGAGCCGGGGUUCAGGGUACCCGAUCUGAGGCGAUAUGAUGGGAUGAGAGACCCCCAGGAGCACGUGCCCGCCUUCGAAAUGGUGAUGAAUCUUUACGGACAAUCAGCCCUGAUAAUAGCAAAAUUGUUCGCGACCACACUCACGGGGAAAGCUCAAGAGUGGUUCACAAACCUGCCCCGAGGAAGCAUCGAAUCCUACGAACAGCUCGUGCAAAAAUUCAACUUCCAUUUUGCGAGCAAGAAGAAAGAAAAGAGGUCCGCUACACAUCUAUUCAACAUCCGGCAGAGAGAAGAUGAAACGAUGAAAAACUUUAUGGGUCGGUUUAACAAUGAGACUCUGGAGGUGCAAGAGUUAAGGAUUGAUAUGCUUGUGAGCCUUCUCAUUCACGGACUGAGGAAUGGCUCUUUUGCUUCCGCCCUCGCACGAGAUCCGCCCUUCGAUGUCGAGCAAUUGAUGGCGCUAGCACAGAAAUAUAUCGACGAAGAGGAGAUGAACGCGAUGAAAGACUCGGAACGAAGGGAGCGAGAGUACAUCCCUAGGCGACCUCAAGAGGGCAGGGGAGGAGCAAGCGACAAGCCUAAAACAGAGAAACGGAAGGAGCCCAAGUACGUGCCGAAGUAUCACAAUUACACGCCUUUAGCUAUGUCUCGAGAGAAAGCCCUGAUGAUGGUAGAGAACGCCGAUGUGCUAAAGUGGCCAAGACACACGAGAUACACUCCCUCGAAGAAAACUUCUAACAAAUACCGCCGUUUCCACCGGGAGAGGGGGCACAAUACAGAGGAGUGCUAUCAGCUGAAGGAUGAGAUCGAAAGGCUUGUUAGACAGGGGCAUUUUCGAGAUCGCGUACCCCCGAAUUGUAAAAUCGGUGGGGAAGGAAGGAGGAGCAGGUCGAGAAGCCGUGAUCGCGACAGGAACCCGGGCCCAUCAAGGACCGACCGAGCCCCGACGGGCGGGAACAAUGCACCCACCAAGGGCGUUAUAUAUACGAUUGCGGGAGGAUCGACCGCGGGAGAUUCGAGCCGAACACGGAAGAGAUGCGCUCGAAUGGCCGGAUCAGUUCGAGAAAAGGAAUUUGUACUGAAAGUGGAGGACGAAGAGGCCAUCUCAUUCAACAGUUCGGACAGAUUGGAGGAUGGUGGAGAACAGAACGACCCCAUGACUGUCAAGCUAGAUAUUGCGAACUUCACCGUCCACAAAGUGUUGAUUGACAGCGGGAGCUCAGCGGACAUAAUCUUCAAAAAUGUGGUAGAUCGGAUGGGGCUGGAGAACGCGAGGCUCGAACCCGUAAAGACCCCGCUAGUCGGUUUCGGAGGAAGCGAAGUGGCCUCGCUAGGGACGAUUGAGCUGCCAGUGUCCAUGGGUGAGGAGCCGAAAAGAAAAACUCUGAUGGUCAAAUUCUUGGUGGUCGAUACCCCGUUCACGUACAAUGUCAUACUGGGUCGGCCGGGACUGAACUCAUUCCGGGCGGUCAUCUCUACGUACCAUAUGAAGAUGAAGUUUCCCACCGAAUACGGAAUCGAUGAAGUGUCAUGCGACCAAAAGGAGGCUCGGAAAUGUUACAACUUGUCGAUAAAAGGAGAGCCAAGGUCGAAGAAGCAAAAAAUUAGGGAGGAUGCGGAAUCCCGACCGUACGAAGCCGAGCACUUGAAGCCCAGUGAGGAAUACAAGGCUAUUCAGCUCGCAACAGAGGAUCCCAGCAAAACGACCCGGAUAGCCCAGUGA